AAAGGAAAACGAGUGGGAGCGGCAAAAGUUGUCAUCUAAUCAUCCAUCCCAAACAGAAAGCGUAGAUGAAAUAGAUGAUACAACAGCAGACACGUAUGUAUGUCCGUAGCUGAAAUGCUGAAUAAUGAAGGUGAUUAUGGGGAUAAGCUCUCUUGUGCUCCCCCUUUUCACUCCGUCAUCCUGCUGCCGUACACAACUCAACUUCAAGUCUUGUAAUAAUAUUCACUACAAUUCCUCCUCCUCCUAUAUAUCAUCAACAAGAAGAUUUGUUCCUUGUAAGUCUAAAUACACCUUCCGCCGCCGUGCUCUUCCUGAGACCACCGACGACGACGGUGAAAUUCAAGGCACCAACACCGCCACUAUAAUCUCUGCUUGCUUAGUAGGCCUUGUCACCGGCAUCUCUGUCGUCAUUUUCAACAACCUUGUGCAUGAAAUACGUGACCUUUGCUGGGAUGGAAUUCCAUAUCGAGGUGCCUCCUGGCUAAGGGAGGUGCCCACUGGUGUAGUAUGGAAGCAAAUUGUUCUGGUACCAGCUUGUGGUGGCUUACUUGUUGCUGUGCUGAACUAUAUUCGAGCUUCUCUUCAACUCCCUGCUGAGGGAGUGUCGACAUUUAGGGUCAAAGAUGUGCUGGAACCAAUUUUACGGACACUGGCUGCCUGCGUCACCCUUGGAACGGGGAAUUCGUUGGGGCCAGAAGGUCCAAGCGUUGAAAUAGGUUCAUCCAUUGCAAAUGGAGUGGGAGUUUUGUUUGACAAAGCUGCUCAAAGCAAGCUAUCUCUUAGAGCUGCUGGUUCAGCUGCUGGAAUUGCUUCUGGGUUCAAUGCUGCUGUUGCUGGUUGCUUUUUCGCGAUUGAGUCGGUGUUGUGGCCAUCGCCAGAUCAGACAUCCUUAUCACUGACGAACACAACUUCGAUGGUCAUUCUUAGUGCUGUUAUAGCAUCUGUUGUGUCAGAAAUAGGUCUUGGUUCUGAGCCUGCCUUCACAGUUCCAGGCUAUGAUUUUCGUUCCCCAAGUGAACUUCCGCUGUAUCUUUUGUUGGGUAUCCUGUGUGGCCUUGUCUCACUACUAUUAUCGAAGUGCACAUCUUUUAUGGUAGCAAGUUUUGACAAUGUUCAUAAGAACGUUGGGAUACCGAAGGCUGUUUUUCCUGUAUUUGGUGGCUUGGCUAUUGGGCUCAUAGCAUUGAAAUAUCCAGAAAUUCUCUACUGGGGAUUUGAUAAUGUUGAUUUACUGUUAGAAUCUCGGCCAUUUGUAAAAACUCUCUCUGCUGAUCUGUUGCUUCAACUGGUUGCAGUAAAAAUUGUAGCAACUUCAUUGUGCAGAGCGUCUGGGUUAGUAGGAGGAUAUUAUGCUCCAUCUCUAUUCAUUGGAGCAGCUACUGGAAUGGCAUAUGGAAAAUUUGUUAGUUUUGCAAUUUUUCAGUCUAAUCCAAUAUUUCAUCUCUCCUUGUUGGAGGUUGCGUCACCACAAGCAUAUGGCCUGGUUGGUAUGGCUGCUACUCUUGCUGGGGUGUGUCAAGUACCUCUUACUGCAGUUCUGCUCUUAUUUGAGUUGACUCAGGACUAUCGUAUAGUUCUUCCACUUCUUGGUGCUGUAGGAGUAUCGUCAUGGAUUACUUCAGGUUACACAAUCAGAAAAGACGCUCCUUCUACUACUAAAUUUAAAGAGAAAAACAAACAUACAGCACAACAACCCAACACAUCUUCCUGCAAUGUGCUCCCCCUUGCACCUUCACUAGGUGCAGAGGGGUCUACUGCAUUUAGCAUUGAUGGAAGUGAUUAUUCACUCUGUGUAGAUGACACUGAUAAAUAUAUGAUUGAGUUGGCCAAAAGGAUCCUUGUUUCAGCAGCCAUGAGGACACAGUAUGUGACUGUGCUGAUGAGCACUUUACUAGCUGAGGUAGUGACAGAGAUGCUAGCUGCGAAGCAGUCUUGUGCAGUUAUCAUAAAUGACAAAAAUCAAUUGGUUGGUGUACUGACAUUGGAAGACAUUCAAGAGUUCAUUAAAUCGUCAAAAAGAAAUAAAAUGUGUCCCAAGCAGGAGCUUCUUGUUUCCGAUAUAUGUGACUCCAGUGAUGAAAUAUGUGAGGUAUCUUGGACAGUAACACCUAGUAUGAGUCUCUUUUCAGCUCAGUUUAUCAUGAAUAGUUAUGGUUUGAGUCGGUUACUGGUUCUUGUUGAUCACAAUGAGAGGUACAGAGGGCUCCCUGUUGGGCUUGUAGACAGAGAAUGCAUCACUCUUGCUUGCAGAGCUUUUGCAGCCCGAGAAUCCCUAGGCCGGCUCUCCCCACCAGAACUACCCAACAAAUAAUUUUCAAUACAAGGCUUCUUCUUGCAGACAAACAUCAGGCUAAUUAACAGCAUUACUAGGCAUUGUAAUGUUGUCCUGUUCCGAUAUUUUUGAUCAAAAUUUCAUAGGUAUCUCUUCAUCCCCAAUCUGAUCAAGGACUAAGCUCGGAGCAUUGUUUCAUAUAACAGGGAACUUAGACACAAAUGACUGGACAAUCUAUAUAUGGAUUCAUAUAAAUCAUGCAAGGCUCUGCGGACAAAAAGAAUCACUCAAGGUUCAGGGUCGCGUAAUGUGAAUAUGUGAUCAUUUUUAUAAGUUGGCAUUGUAGAUGCUUCCGUACAUAACAAUACUUCAUAUUAACAUAGAUACGUGACAGUAUUAUUUUUUGUAAAAUAUGAUGUUUUGUUCUUCAAAUUUUCCAACAAAUAUAUUCAGGUAAUGGCUAAAAUUACCAAUAUUUUGUAAAAAAUUCGGCCAUUUAUGCUGGCUGAAUAUGCGAGGGUAUACACUAGCUUACAGAGGGGUGAGCAAUAUCGAAGAAACGGGUAUAUGUUUAUUACUCA